GUAGUCAGAUUUUGGUAUAUUCUAUUCUCCGAGAACUAUUCUAUCUUCAAAAAUAUUCUGUAAGUGAAUAGAGACGUGUCAGAGAAUAUUUAGAGCUACAUGGGGAGGUGAAGAGACAAUAUACAGUCUUGUUAAGUACUGACUUUGACCGCCUUGUUGACUCUCGGGUUAUCUAGGCUCCUACAAGAUGGCGGAUUACUCGGCUAUCGAUUUCUCAGAAAUUGACGAGCUUUGCAACUUUGUGGAUGGUAAGGGAGGAAGCAAGUUCAAUUUGUUUGAUAUAGAUGAAGGCGUAGAGAUCAAUGCUGGCAUCCCGAGCCAUGGCCUCAUGGACGACGAUGCCAUGCUGGCUGUGGACUCCAGCAAUGCCCUGAUCAUGGGCGAUCCUCUGCUCAAUGCUUUUGACCAGAAUGAGUUGCUCGAGCUUCAGUCAGCAUCACCUAGUCACAACCCCGAGACUCUCAUGCCAGUUUCCCUUCCAGCGGACUCUCCACAUCGACUCCACGCCAUCUCUCCACCUGCCAGCCCAGACAGCUUGCCUGCUGUGUCUGACUCUCCUACUACAGUCGAAGCAGGGAGCAAGGGAGACGGUGCAGCGACCAAUGCCACACCAGCUCAGGAGCCAGUACGUAUUAUUGUGAAAACCAAGAAGAACACAGGAGAGAUGGUGGCACCAUUGUCGCUCCCCCAGCCGGCUCACAACCUUGUCAGGAUCCCCAAGUCAGGGUCGACAACCCAUCUGGCUCGCUUGAGGACACUCCGUACUGGUGGUAAGCUUGGUCCGACAGUUACAGGCACACGUAUCCUUGGGACUACAGCGCCAACAGUUACACGUAUCCCAGUGACUGUCCGCAAAAUACUUCCACCCAGUUCACAGCAGCCCUCUGAACCAGAUCGAAAAAGGUUGUGUGUUACACCAGGAACGGCAUCGGCAGAUGAUGAAGUAGAUGAAGCGCUGCCUUUCAGGUCCCUGCGAGUGAGGAACAAUUCAGAAUCUUCCAUUGGAUCUCAAGCAUCAACCAGCAUUGGAAUGAAGAGAAAGGCUUAUGAACUUGAUCCUUUGGAAGACCCAGAGAUGGAAAGAUGUCGUCGUAAUGCAGUUAAUGCCAAGCGGAACAGGGAACAAAAAAAGGCACAGCUGGCAGAGUUGGAGCGCACAGUGGAGAGCGUCAGUCGGGAACGCGAUCAGCUGGCAGGGGAGAAUGAGAGUCUCAGGGAAGCUAAAAUGAAGCUUGAACAGCAAGUGAAGCACCUAAGUAAUAUCCUCAAGAACCAAUCAAAGCUUUCUGAAGUGAUCAGCAAGUUGGGAAUGACAAGUGUUGUGCUAGGUGAAAUGACCACAAGUGCUGAAGAAGAAGUGGUCUCAAGUGCCAGCGGGAGGUGACUGGACUGGGCGGCAGCAGUUUCACGGAACAGGUGGGACGGGAUCCCCUGAUCCCUAAAAGGGACAGGGACCCAACCUAACCGCACCGUUUUAGCCCCCUGCCACCAUCCUCCCCUCUCUUGCACCAUCGCUGGCUACCAGCAGCUGCAAUCACCCCUAAAGUUAAGUAUUGAUGGUGAGUGUGCUACGCUUAGCCAUGUAGAUUUGUCAAGCUUAACAUUUUGUCAUUAUCAUUGUUUUAUAAUGGAUUCCUCCAGUGAUUACUAUAAAUUAGCUUAUUGAAUAUCUAAAGGGCCUUUAAGGAGUCAUUGUACAGGAUUAUGGUGUGCAUUGUGUUUGAGAAUGAAAUCCUAUUACACAUUUUUGUGUCUGGAACUGACAGUACUUCAUGUUAUAUAUGUAUGUAUGUAUAUAAGUUGGAAAGUUGUAAACCAAUUGAAUAGAGAAUUUAACAUACCAUGAAGGGCCAGGUAAUCAUUGGAAGAGUUUACAUGUUCAAUUGUAGCUCCCUGAAUUUUCCAAUCAUUGAAUUUCAUAUUUGUUUUUAUUUUUUAUUUUAUUUAUUUAUUUUUUUCUAACUCCUGAUGACUGAAGCAGGAUGGCGUUGAUUUGUAUGCAAGUAAUAAUGCUGUGUGAAUUUGUAAACUGAAAAUUUUAAUUUUCAGCCUCCUAGUCAUAAUGUUUUGGAUAAUGUGUCUAUAUUGUAUGAGAGUACUUUUCUGACAGUGAUUUAAUAUUACAAGUGCAACAUUUCUUUUGUGAUACUAGGUUUAAUAUAAUUGCAGGGAGCUACAAUUUUUUUGCCACCUUGCAAUCUACAUGGCAUAGCAUAUUUAUAAAUGUUUGGAUGGUAUCCAGCCAUACUGUAAAUAAUUUCAUCUUGUUCAUCUCAAAGAAAAUAUAUAUUUUUGUAAUUAAAAAUGUUAAUUGAA